GGUUGUUCUUCCGCUGCUCUAUGGACUGCACGACUUCCAAGUUUAAGCUAUUAAGUUCUUACUCUGGAGUCCCUUGAGAUUGUGGAUCUUCCAUGUAUAAUUGGAUAAGCAUAAAAAAGACACAACGACAAAAUGAAGUUUUUGUAGAAAGAGCAAACAGAUACAUUGUUAGUGAUGAUUUACAGGUGAUGUUGUUGUGUACUGCAACAAGCUUUUCUUUAUUGUCAAAGUGUGGAAUCAUGGAUGGGAAUGCAAUUGAGGAGAGAGCAUUCAAUUUGGGAAAAGAUGAGGUUCUGGAUUUGCUCAUGAACUCAUUGGUAUCAAGAACGCCUUUGACAGAAACUCUUCUGAAGCAUAAACCAGUACCUAUUGAGUUGAACAAUGUCAUUUCUUAUCAACGUAAAUCAGCAAAAGAGAGGACGAAUCAGGAACAAGGUAUUUAUGUCAAACUUUUCGUUAGCAAAUCCAAGAAGAUGAUUUGCUAUACGGAAGCAAAGAAAGAUUUUAUUGAUCUGCUCUUCAGCUUCUUAACUGUACCACUUGGUCAUAUAGUAAAACAAGAAUAUGAUUAUGGUUCCCUCAAAGGUUGCACGGACCAGUUGUACAAGAGUGUCAAUGAUUUUGGCGAACAAGGCUUCACCUCAAAUGACCACAAGGAAAUGCUAGUCAAUCCGAGGGUAGCCCCUGGUUUUAGCUAUGGCAAUUAUCUGUUGGGAAUUGAGGAAGCCUCUCUUCCAUCAUGUCAUUACUAUUCUGGUGAUUUGAUUAGUGAGCCUUAUUUUAAUGAACUUAAGAACAAAGAAGAGUCAAUUCCUCUUACAUUAAAGUAUUCCAGAUCUCAUGACAAGGAAGGAGAAAGCCGUGAUGGAUUCUUAAAAGGAAUGAAUUUGUUCACGGUGACGGACAAUCUGAUCAUAAAACCAGUAUCACCAAUGUUAGGCCUGCCCAUUCUCAAUGAAUUGAAGGUGCCUUUCAAUGACAUUGAGGAGCGAACUGUGCGUGUGAAAAAGGAAGAGGCAUUAAAUCUUCUGAUGUCUUCCUUUGUUUCGGAAUCUGCACUUACCAACACAUUUAUCUAAGAACCAAAGCGAACACAGCGGUGAAUGUGUAUCUUUCACAAGAAAGUGGAGCCAUAUACGUUUUGCUUACUAUGAUUGGUGUUGUUUGUAAGAGACAUAUAGUUUAAUGUGAUACUAUGGUGUUGCAAUAAUAUUGUUUUCUUUUUUGGAU